UUCGCUGUUCACCGUAUUUAAGGACCCGGUGCAUGCUUCGUCAGUCAAUUCACUCCUCGUUUCCAAGUUCAUUCGGCAAAAUAGUGAAAAGUGUUCUCCCGCCUUCCAGUAUAACCCCUCAAGAUACACCGGAGUCAGGAUUUUUCUUGCAAGCUGACAAGAAAAUGUCACCGAAGAAGCUAAAUUCACCAAUGCAGCCUUCUCGAAGCCGACGGAGUCUGCAGGUCGCCCAGGAGCGUAUACGUUGGCUGGUCGCCAACGCACCAACUCUCCUAACAAUGCUCGACUACGUCUCCUGGGCAAUGGACGUGGUCGAAACACUGCCACAACCACCAAAUGCUGCUUUGCAGCAAUUAGCACCGCGACGAUCUCCGACGGCUGACCUGCCACGACGAUCUCCGGCGGCUAACCUGCCACGACGAUCCCCGGUGGCUGACCUGCCACAACGAUCCCCGGUGGCUGACCAGCCUCGACGAUCCUCGACGGCUGAGCAGCCGCAGAGAUCUUCGACGGCUGAGCAUCCUCGACGAUCCUCGGCGGCUGACCCGGCGCAGCGAUCUCCGACGGCUGACCCGCCACGGCGAUCACCAAUGGCUGAGCAGCCUCAGAGAUCUUCGACGGCUGAGCAUCCUCGACGAUCCUCGGCGGCUGACCCGACGCAGCGAUCUCCGACGGCUGACCCGCCACGGCGAUCCCCAAUGGCUGAGCAGCCUCAGAGAUCUUCGACGGCUGAGCAUCCUCGACGAUCCUCGGCGGCUAAUCCGGCGCAGCGAUCCCCAAUGCUCGAGUUCGAGCUCGAGUUCGAGCUCUAG